CGUGAACACCGGAAGUGGAAGGGAGUUUCCUGCGCGUUCGGCUUCCCCAACAUGGCAGCGCCCUUAUCAGUGGAGGUGGAGUUCGGCGGCGGCGCGGAGCUCCUGUUCGACGGCGUCAAGAAGCAUCAGGUCACCCUGCCCGGCCAGGAGGGGCCCUGGGACGUCCGCAGCCUCCUCGUCUGGAUCAAGAAGAAUCUGCUGAAGGAGCGGCCGGAGCUUUUCAUCCAGGGAGACAGUGUGCGCCCCGGGAUUCUGGUGCUGAUCAAUGACGCCGACUGGGAGCUGCUGGGCGAGCUGGACUACCAGCUGCAGGACCGGGAUAGCGUCCUCUUCAUCUCCACGCUGCACGGAGGCUAGACCCCCCCUGCCCGCCACACCGGCAGGCAGACGGCACCCCGGGCCCGCCUCCCCUCGCUGUCCCCUCCUGCCUUCCCGCCGCCCUGUCCCCGGAGCUCCCUCCGGGCAGGAAAAAGAGGCCAGGUGCUAAAAAUGAGCCUUCCCCGGGCGCGUGAGCAGGGGGGAGGUGGGGUGCGGCGGGGUGCCCGAGCAGGGGGCCCAGCCCGCUCCCGGACGCACCCAGUGCCCGUCAGCAUCUCCCUCUCCCUGCAUGUGCCCCCGUGGAAGAUGGACGGACCCCAGGAGCUGCGGUGGGGCCCCUCCCCUCCCCCAGACUGAAGGUGCCACCACCUCAGUUUCCCCAUCUGGCCGGCAGAGGGCUCUGGCUGUCCCCCCUGGAGUCAUUAUGGAACCCCAGCUGGGGUCCCUUCUCCAGAGCCGGCCCCCUCCCCCCCUGCGCCCGGCAGCUGCUCUGGCAGCCACACCCCUCCUCCCGCUACUCAGCCCUUGACCCUGGCCGGCCACCCCCCACCCCCAGGCCACCAGAUGGGGUCCUGCGACCCUCCUCCUGCCCAAGGCUGCCCGGGGCUGUGGAGAGGCGCCUGGAGGGCAGCGUGCCUCAGUUUCCUCCCCCAGCGCUUAGUCCCUAGACCCUAAGAAACGUGACUGAUGGGACAGAUGCAGACGCCAUGCCAUGGGCAGCCGAGGACAAGUGGCCCUGGGAGGCCUCCGUGUCUAAGCGACAGGCUGCCUUGGUCUCCUCCCCACACCACCCGCCGCCCUGCCCCUGCCUGUGGGUCUCCGGCCUCCCAGGGCUGCCCUUCACCCCAGCGGGCGUCCACGCCGAGACCCAGCCCGUGCCAGGGCUCACCUGUCUGGGCCCCAGGACCCCGCCCCACCCCCGCCCGCCUGGGCUUUGUUUGUCCAGGACGGGACGGGAGGGUGGCGGCAGAGAGAAGGCUGCUGGGCACCCCGAGCUGCUCCUGCACUGGGGCAGGGCUUCAUUCGCCCGGAGGCCUCGGAACAGCCACCGUAAUAAAGAUAGAGGAGCACGUCGGCUGGCACAAAAGCGUGGCUUUCACUCCAUCUCCCGUUUCCGAAGGUUUCUCUCAGCCCAGGCCCGACGGGCCAGCAGUGUGGGGGGGCGGGGUGUGGACACGCUCCAGGCUUAGAGGACAGGUCCCCGGCUGGCCCUGCUGCGGGUGGGGGCGCCGGGAGCGGGAGCUGCUCUGGGGCCGCUUGGGGCCGAUGGGCGCUGUCCAGACGCUGCCGGUGACCUGCCCCUGGUGCUGAGGUCAGGGUCUCCACCGUGGGGCGCAGCCCUCCUUCGGCCUCUCUGGCAGGGCUCUCUGUCCCCCGAGUCGAAUCCCACCCACCGAGCGGCCCAAGUGGCUUCUUGUCCCAGCAGGUCCCAGCAGGUCCCAGGCUCCUGCUCCCGCACUGGGGGCUGGGGGACACGGGGCUGGAGAGCAGAUUCCCCUUGGUGCCGGGCGCUGAAACCGUCUGACCCGGCGGUCCCUGGCAUUUCGGCCCCGGAUCAGCCCCCGAGCUGCCGGAGGAGGAGGGGGGUCAGGGACAGUGAUGGGGCGCACCCAGAAAUGCCCGGCUGCACCCCCAGGCAGCGCCUCACCGCCCGCCCCGCUUUUGAAGAAAUAAACGAAUAAAUAAG